GCUGGGGCAGGAGUGGCGGCCAAGCGUGGGUGGUUGGGCGUGCGGGGCCAACGGGCACGCGCGCGCUCGGCGGCCGAAGUCCCUCGGGAAGUCACGGAGCGCCAGACGCCAACCCGCACGCGCCGCCCGGCGGCCGACGGCGCACGCGAGGGCGGGGGUGGUGCGUGCGUGUGUGCGCGCGGGUAUGUGUGUAGCGCGGGUGAGGAACGCGAGCCGUCGCUCCCCGGGUGCGAGUUCCCUGCAGUCUUCCACAUCUCCCCCGCAUCCCCGCUCCUAGCCUAAGACCUCCCUUGCCCCAGCAGUUGCUUACCCAGCGAAAGCCGGAGGAAGCAGGUGUGGGGGGUGACAGAGGUGUCGCCAAACAAAAGGGGCGCAGGGGUCAGCCUGCCAUGGCCACCCGGAGCCUGGGGGGCCUGAGCGGGAGCCGCGGCGGCGGCAAGAAGAACCUGAGCGCCCGAAACGCUGCAGUGGAGAGGAAGAACCUGAUCACCGUGUGCAGGUUUUCUGUGAAGACCCUGAUUGAUCGGUCUUGCUUUGAGACAAUUGAUGAUUCUUCUCCUGAGUUUAACAAUUUUGCUGCUAUUUUGGAACAGAUCCUAAGUCACCGGCUAAAAGAGAUAUCCCAAAGUUGCAGAUGGCUGGCUCAUCUCCAAAUACCUCUUCAAGGUCAAGUAACCUGGUUUGGUUAUGAAAGUCCUCGUAGCUUCUGGGACUAUAUCAGAGUGGCUUGCCGAAAAGUUUCACAGAAUUGUAUCUGCAGUAUUGAAAAUAUGGAAAAUGUCAGUUCCUCUAGAGCUAAGGGUAGAGCCUGGAUCAGAGUAGCACUCAUGGAAAAACAUUUAUCUGAAUACAUCUCUACAGCUUUGAGAGACUUCAAAACAACCAGGAGAUUUUAUGAAGAUGGAGCAAUUGUUUUGGGUGAAGAAGCAAAUAUGCUGGCUGGCAUGCUGCUUGGACUCAAUGCUAUUGAUUUCAGCUUCUGUUUAAAGGGAGAGGGAUUGGAUGGCAACUUUCCUGCUGUAAUAGACUAUACACCAUAUUUGAAGUUUACCCAAAGUUCUGGUAGUAUCAGCAGUGAUGAGGAAGAACUAAGGACAUUGGGAAGCAGUGGUAGUGAAAGCAGCACUCCAGAGAAUGUUGGACCUCCAUUCAUCACGGAUGAGAAUAGUUGGUUCAACAAGUGUAAGAGAGUUAAACAAAAGUAUCAACUCACCCUGGAGCAGAAGGGUUAUCUUGAAGAAUUAUUACGACUUCGAGAGAACCAGCUGUCUGAAUCAGUCUCCCAGAACAAAAUACUACUUCAAAGGAUUAAAGGUUCUGAUUUGGCCCAUAAAUUGGAAAAAGAACAAUUAGAAUAUAUAAUUGUGGAACUUCAAGAUCAGCUGACUGUGCUAAAGAAUAAUGAUUUAAGAUCAAGACAAGAGUUAACUGCCCACCUCACCAACCAGUGGCCUUCCCCAGGAGCUCUGGAUGUCAAUGCUGUUGCCUUGGAUACGUUGCUUUACCGAAAACACAAAAAACAGUGGUAUGAAAAAAGUUAUCAAAGUCUUGACCAGUUAUCAGCUGAAGUUAGCCUUUCUCAGACUUCACUGGAUCCAAGUCAAUCACAAGAAGGAGAUGGAAAACAGGAUACAUUAAAUUUAAUUAGUGAAGGUAAAGAAGAUACUCCCUCAUUACUUGGUCUCUGUGGGUCUCUAACCUCAGUGGCAAGUUACAAAUCUCUAACAAGUCUAAAAUCUAAUGACUACCUUGCAAGUCCUACAACAGAGAUGACAAGUCCAGGUCUAACUCCAUCCUGAAAAUUCUUAUGUAAAAGUCAAAAGUUUUUAUGUUGCAUAGGUUCUCAUACAUUGGACUGCUGGGAAAACCCUUGGAAUUUUAUAUUGUUCUGGCACAUGUCUGGAGUUCUGUUGCUUAUAUUAGAGUAUUCAAAUACUCCAUGUAAAUGUGUGUAAAAAUGAUCCUGCCAUUUUUUUUAAUUCUUAUACUUGUCACUAAGGAUGUUUAAAAAUGAAUAGGAUUUCAAAAACAUUCAAAGAUUCUCUAAAUUAUUAGUCCACUACACACUGUAUGUUUGUUGUAUAUUUAUUAUUCAGUUGAAUUUCACAUAUUUAAAUGUCAUAAUUCCUACAGAGUGGGAUUUUAUUCCAGACUUAAGUUAUGCAUUUUCUUUUGUUCUUUUAUUCAGUUAUUGUUUUCUAGAAUGAAAAUUUCAUUUUUCAUUUAUUUUUGUUUAGGCACUAACAUUCAGAUGCCUUGUUUUUAAUAUAAGAUGGUCCUUGGCUGCAGUUUCACAAUAGUCAGUUCAGCUUUUACUUAGCAUUAUCAUUUAAUAUGAAUUUAACAUUCUACUUAACAUUUUAUAAAUUCUAUAGGAAUGUGCCUUUAGGCACUAAUUAAAUUAUGGUUCUAGGAAAAUGUUUUGCAGUAUUUGAGAUCAUUUAGGUAUAAUGAAUAAAUUUCUUAUUUUUGUUUUACCAAGACUUUCUUAAAAGGCUACCAUAUAAAAAUAUGAUCAAAUAUGCAUCAAAAGUUGGACAUUUAAAAAUUUAGAACAUAACAUUAAAAAAUAUUUUAUCAGAAAAGAUUUCAAGUUCAAUUAAGGAUCUGAGAACUUUUUAAAGAUCAGUGGGGUAAUCACCAAACUCAAUACCUGACAGUGUUGUUUUAUCUUCCCUUGUAUGCAACAAUGAAGUGUCAUUUAUGUUUUGCAGGUUCUAGCACUAAUCAUGCCAUAAUCUCAUAUAAUGCUAAUAUAAAAAUCCUUGCACUUCUGCAGAUAAAAAGAUUUUCUUAAGAAACCAUAACUCAGAGCUGUAUUUUAAAUCUUUUUGCACUAUUUGGAACAACUAUACAUUUUUUCCCUAAAAAUUCCACCACACUGAAAGAAAAAACUGUAUGAAGUAUAUUUUCUAUAGUAAGUAAUAUGAGGAAAACAUGAUCAGUUGUGCCAAAGAAGUUUUAUACACUAUUUGCAUUAAGAAGCUACACUUAUUGGGGACUUCAUAUUUUGUUUAUUACAACAUUACAUUCAAACAUUGUAGCUUUGACAUAGGAGAAAAAUGUUCCUCCUAAGACAGUUUAUUGAGAGGAAACAAGAAGCACUGAACUAACCACACUCGUUCUCUAUAUUAGAAAUGUAGGAGUAUGUUUUAUGCAAUCUUCAGCGCUGUACUCAUAAUUUGGAAUUUAAGAUAAUAGUAAUAAGGCUAGUCUUAUAUGUAAGACUGUUCAAAAAGUGUCAUUUCAGGGACAAAGGAGGACAGAAGCCCUUAAAAUAAGUUAUCUUAGAUGUAUAAGAACAUAUUCAAAGCUUUAUUCCUUUAGCUUAGGGCUUUAGUACUUGUAGAAACACAAAUAUUCUUGAGAUAUGGUACUUUCAAUCAAUUCUUAACUCAGUAUACUUUACUGUGAGUGAGGUAUGCUCAGCCCAGGGGAGGGUAUGAAGUUAUGAAAUGGGAGUACAGAAAGCUGGGAGAAGGGAGUAAGAAAUGGCUAAAGGGGAGGAAAACUGUAAAAACUUCAGACUGGCCUUAAGCACUUUUGCUGUUUUCUCAAUCAGAAUGUUAGGCUUUCUCAUUCAUGGUGUACUGUCAGCUGAAAAUUACUCAGUAAAGUUCCUUCAGUAACUAAAAGAAAUCAUUGAUAAUUUUUUCAUACAUUUUUAUAGAAAGAAAAAUUCAAGAUUCCAUAAUUGAAAAAAAAUUCAGAUUUGUUUAAUGUCUAUAGUAUGUGCGUCUUAACAUACUGCUAACUGCAGAUUUCAACGUGACAUCUGAGAAUCAUAACUUUCCUCCUUUUUUGGAGCUCUUGGUAUAAAAUUCAUCUGCUAAUAUGAAUUCAAGUUUCUACACAGUUCAUUACACGCUAGCUAUAAAGGUAGUUUGUUAAUGUUUGCAUGAAGAAAAAUGUAUGUCUCAAUCUUUAAUUUUAGGUGGUAGUAUUUGUUUGUACAGCCUCUACAAAACAGAAUGCUGAAUUAUAUGCUAAUAUUUCCAUGUGUAUUUUGUUGCCUUGAUGUUGAUACUUGUUGCAUGUCUAUUAAACAUUUUGUACCAUG